UAUAUAUAUCUAUUAUUUCUGUUUCAUUGAGAAAGAAAAGAAGAUCUGUGAAUGGAGCAGUACAGCUCCAGCAGCUCCAGCAGCGGCGUCCACCAACCGCCGCCGUCGCCCGUGACCCGAUCCGAACCCGACAAUCCAUACCCGGCAACCUUUAUCCAGGCCGACACCUCCUCCUUCAAGCAGGUGGUCCAAAUGCUGACCGGGUCCACCGGCCGGCCCGACGCAGCCCGACACGCGAUCCCGCCCGUCAGAAGCGGGCCCCGCAAGGACAAACCCGGAUCCAAGCUGUACGAGCGGCGCAGCGUCCAUAAGAGCAUCAAGAUCAGCAGCCCCGGGAUCCUCAGCAUCCGCCACGGUCUGCUAUCGGGUUCGCCCCGGCCCGGUAUGCUCUCGCCCAGUAUUCUUGAUUUCCCGUCGCUGGCGCUCUGCAGCCCCAUCACGCCGCUCGUGCCCGACCCGUUUAAUCGGGCCGUGGCUGCGGAGGAUAGGGCGAUCGGUGAGAAGGGUUUUUAUCUGCAUCCGUCGCCCGUAAAUACUCCGAGAGAUUCGGAGCCCCGCCUUCUGCCCCUCUUUCCUUUGACUUCACCUAGACUUUCCGGGUCGUCGUCAACUGAUGUGGAAUCUUGAAGCAUCAUCGAGCGAUUGACAACAACAACGAGUCCAGUCCGGCGACGAGCGGCUCUCAUCGCCCACGGUACCCGUGGGAUCCCGGAUGGGGCCAGAUGGGCGGGCAGAUGGGCCCGAGUUUAACGUCCC